AUUGUCGAAAGUACAACUGGUGACCCUUUUGGGCUUUCUGCGUACGAAUCUCCACUACAGCUUUGACCACUUUGGCACUGCUGACAAGCGCUGUUCUGACGCCGUACGCCGAAAACGCCGCGCCACUUGGGGACGUCUUGAACAGAGGUUGGCAACGCUGCUCGGAGGCUGCUUGCGGUUUACGGAGAAAAAUGAUCAGGUGGUAAAUAGCGAUAUGCCCAGCCUUCGGCGAAAAGACCGGCGUACAGACAGAUAUCUUUCUUGAUGGGCUGAAAUAAGGACUACCAAAACCUUCUGACUGCGAAGCUAGGUCGGUCAGUGGCCAAGGCAGAUUUCAGCCAUGGUUUCUGCAAACGAAGCUGUGCGCAUCCAUUUCUACACACCUCGUGAACCCGUGGUUAUUCCAAACAACAGUGGAGUGCAUAUUGCUGAAGACUUGUGUGUCCUAGCGGCCAAAGCAUGCGGCAUCAGUCCCGUAACGUGCCAGCUUUUUGGUCUUUACUGCCCCGACCUGGACAUUUGGUUUGCACCGUCAGCUGCUGUGAAGGACAGGGACAAAACAGUGAAUGUUAAUUUCCGACUGCGUUUCAAGCCUCCCAACAUGGAUAGGAUCAAGGAGGACGAAGCGGUGCUCAACUACCUGUACCAUCAGAUGCGACAAGACUUUGUGUGUGGUCGUGUACCUGAGCUGCACCAGAGCAAAGUGCAGAGCCGAACUUUGGGCCUGGUAAUCACAGAUGUGGUGCGCCACCUGAUUGAGCUGGGACAGACCCCUCAGCAGGGCAGUUACAGUUUCAGUGACUUUAUGCCUUCGGUUCUUGUCGGACCGUGGAAGAUGCGUGUGCUCAAGACCCGAAUGACCACUGCCCUCAACGAAUGUUGGCAGAACAGCCGACAAAAUGCUCAACGUGUCAAGGAAAUCUACGUAAAUGAGUUCAGAAGCAUAGUACCUGAGUACGUGUGUGAGCAGUUUGCUUCCCAAGUAGACACUGAUGGUCGGGUAUGGGAGGUGAUCCUGCAGGUCAACCCAUACCAUUCGCAGCUACCAGGUCUGCGAAUGCGCCCAAGGGCACCCAAGGAAAACAUAACAUGGACACAAAUCUGCUCCAUCAGUGAUCUCUGCUUCGUGAACAUGGUUCCAUCCAAUUGCACUGUUGAAAUCAGCCGUCGGAAUGGCAUACCUCAGAACCUCAGGUUUGACAGCAUCAGCCAGAUGCACUCUUUUGUGUCCCUCCUCGAUGGAUAUUAUCGGCUAACGGAGAAGUGGACAGUGAAUUUGUGUAUCAACCUGCCAACACCAUCACUGACCAUGCUUCGAGCAAUGAGGUGCCAUGGGCCAGUGGGGGCCAAGUUUGCCUACCAGAAGUUGCAGGAGAAAGGAGGGCACGAAGCAGGCUGGUACCUGAUUCGGCAGAGCUCGUCCAUCUACCGAGAGUAUCGACUGGAUUUUCUGGGAAAGAAUGCGGCACCUGAGACCCUGCGCAUUGUGCAGCUUAAGGAUGGACGCUUUGCACUGGAUGAAGGGGCACCGGAAGAAGGCAUUUAUCCGACACUCGCAAAGCUGAUCAGCGAGGCAAUUCGCCCGACCCUCGACGUAGAGCUGGGAUACUGUGUGCCUCCGUCUGAAUAUGACAAAACGCAGUUACUUUUGUGCCGCCCGCCAUCCCUUGACGUGGAUAAGUCUGCGUUGAAGCGAGAGCCCCGCGAGUGCAUCCACUCGGGGGCGCUGGUGUUCACAGAGAAUCGCAAGGAUGAGCUGCCUGGCAAGUUCACCGUGGUGCGGCGUGCAUUUCUGCACCGGGAACCAAACCAGUACCGAGAGGUUGCUGUCAAAGCUCUGAAGCCCCACCUUGAAGAUAGCCAUCUCAAGGAGUUCAUGGUGCAAUGUGACCGGAUGCUGUUCUGGCAGUGUGAAGCCAUUGUGAACUCGCUUGGCAUGGUGCACUCGGGCAGUUUUGGCCUGGUGUGCGAGUUCCUGCCUCUGGGCUCCCUGGAUGCCUAUCUGCGUCAGCACAGGUCCCAACUUCAAGCCGUUGAUUUGGUUGAAGCGGCAAAGGGGCUUGCCCGUGCCCUCUGGUACCUGGAAGAGCAAGGCUGUGUCCAUGGCAAGAUCAGGUGCCGAAAUAUCCUCGUCUCUCAGCACGAGGCCAAUGCAUUUUAUGUCAAGCUUUCAGACCCAGGACUGCUUGUCUACAUGAAUGAGGACAUACAUUGGAUCCCGCCUGAGUUCUACAACAACCUUAACAUGGCUAAGUCGUCCAUAAAGGCUGACACGUGGGCCUUUGGAACGACCCUGUGGGAGAUAUUCAGUUAUGGGGAGCCACCAAUGGCAGGAGUCCCUAUCACCGAGGCAACAAGGAGGUAUAAGGAAGGGGACAGAUUGCCGAUCCCAGUUGACACACACGAGGGGAUCCGGCUGCUGCUGCAAGAGUGCUGGUCGUUGGACCCAGACAGUCGGCCGCAGCCGCAGACUGUCAUGCGAGACAUCAAUCAAAUAUUUUAUGAGGUGUACAACUCUAGGCGAAGUCAUUCAUAUGCCUCGGUCUACCCUCAAGCCUCUUCACCAACUGGGCUGUCUGCAGACCCAGUGAGCCCUAUGCUGGGGAAAGCAGCAUCACCGUCUUUUGCAUCCAUGGAGGCGAAUCGGAGACUAGAAACGAUUAGGCAGCACCAUGCCCCUAUCGGAAUGUCUGCCGCCUCAGCGAACGAGGCUCUAUCGCAAAGGCGCGGAUUCAAGUGGGGCAAGAAUCCUUUCCGCUUGCACUCAUCGGAAGUUAGCUACGACAACCUUUCGAGCUGCUCGACAUCAACAGUUCAGUCAGAGGUGACGCUCCAGUCAGACAUAGGAACGUGCAUCGAUGUGGAGAGCCUGGUCAGCUUGGAGGAGAAUGCGGACAACAUCAUUUCAUUUGGUAACACAUCGCCCCUGGUGGAAGAGUCCGGUUCACCGUGGGUCAUUGACAGUCAGCAGCUGAUAAAAGGAAAGCCACUUGGCCAGGGCUUUUUCGGUGAGGUGUAUGCAGCUUCCCUCAAGAAAUGGGCAGGCCUACAAGAGGAGAUGGUGGCUGUCAAGUGCAUGCGCAAGACAUCUUUGCUUGAGUCCUUUCAAACCGAGUCGGGCCUGCGUGACCUGCAGCGAGAAAUUGAGAUCAUGAAGAGCCUUAGGCACCCCAACAUUGUCGAAAUCAAGGGCCUUGUUGAAGAGCCUGAGAUGAUGCUGGUCAUGGAGUUUCUGGAGAUGGGCUCCCUGCUGACAUACCUGCAGACGUACCGAGAGAAAGUGACUCACCCGCAGCUCAUCAAAUACAGCGAGGACAUUGCUAAUGGUAUGGAGUACCUGGAGGAGAAACACAUUGUGCACCGGGAUUUGGCUGCACGGAACAUCCUGGUGGCUUCUAAAGAUCAGGUCAAGAUCAGCGAUUUCGGCCUUGCCCAGUUCACGGUCAAUCACUACUACUACAUCCGUACCCAGAACCGCAAGCUGCCAAUGAAAUGGUAUGCCCCUGAGAGCAUCCUUUAUGGCAAGUUCUCAACCAAGUCAGAUGUGUGGAGCUACGGUGUGACACUGUGGGAAAUGUUCUCCUAUGGUGAGGACCCUGUCAUACAGGGGGUCACACAGGAGAAUUUGGGCAGCGAGCUGGUGCAGGGUAAGCGACUGGCUUGCCCCGCUGACUGCCCUGCUGACCUUUACCAGCUGAUGCUCCUCUGCUGGACGACUGACGCCCACCAGCGGCCUGGAUUUAGCCACAUCAAAGGCAUGGUGCAUAACCUGUGAUCUCCUCCUCCUUGUCCUCUCUCUCUCUCACUCACGCUCGUGUUUUUGCUGUUAUCAAAGGACCAGGUUGAUGAGCCAGGAUGCUAAACAGGGCUGGUUGUCAGUACUGUCAGCAUAAAUUUAAAUGUGAAAAAUCAAAAGGCAUGCCUUUUAAUAUGUGAAAAUCUAAGGGCGCACUGUGUAAUCGGGGAACAUAUUCUGUAUCAGUCACUUUCAGGGAUAUCACUUUCAAGACACAUCAAUUGCUAAACCAGAGAAAAGGGAUUUAACGAAGUGACACACCUGGAAUGAGCAUUACUCUCACACUGUUGAAUGUAUUGACAGGAAAUCUGUCACUCCAUCGACAUGUUCCUCUAGACAUUAUGCCAUGCAACAGUGAUAAUAUGCCUGAGAGCGACUGACUGAGAAUACAACCCUAGUUGCUAAGCAUGCUGCGACUCCAAGGCUCUGUUUUUAAGCCUGAAUUAUGCCAAAAUCACAGGCACAGGCAGACAUACAAGUGCAAAGCUACCUUCAACUGUAUUUCUACUUGUUUGCACUUCAGUUUAUGUAUGUUGGUACAAAAGCUGAGUGGCUGACCUACAAAGUUCUAGUUCAGCACCUGCACUGUCUUGCUUUUUCCUGUUCUCUCUUUGUCUGUACUGGAAGCUCUGCUCACCCUUUGAGAAGAGGAGGGAUGGAACGGCAGACCAUUGUUAUUGAUAGAUGGAGUAUGGAAUCCCACUGUUGUACAGCUCCUUAGUGGAUAUUUUUGUACUUCGUGUUUCAUUCUGUGUCAGGUUUAUUUGAAAGUGAUGCUCUUCUUGCAGCAGUCUCCUUGCACUCAAGACACGUGGGGCAAGGUGCCUUUGCCUUCCGCCUGUGAGAGGAGGUCUCUGUCCUCUGAAUGUUCUUGAUCUCUCUGGAAACUCUCAUCCUUCACUGGGCCGCUCAGAAAGGCUUUGAGAGUUCUUUAGGUUGACAGUUGAAAAAGAUAUUUCUGCGCCCGUUCAGCAUCCUCCCUUUAUUUUGUUUUGCAUUAAGUACUUUCAUUUGUUCUUUAGUACAGGAUUUACCCACCAUUGCAACGCUGCACUGCUUUCAAGAAGUUUGUUAAAUAUGAUUUUAUAGCUGUCAGGCUGCUGUUCAUUCAGCAACCCUUCACCUUUUGCUUAGCCUAUGGGAUCUGUCAGAUGUAUGGUUAAGCACCACAUUUAUGUCACGGUGCCAACAUCUGUAGCAUUCAAGCAGCCUGAAUGCUUCAGUUUAUUGUCCCCUUAAUUUUCUUACUUCGGCUUCACAUAUAAAGUGACGUGCAAUUUGUUGCAUUGAUAUCACUAUGCUUUUUUUUUUCUUUGCUGUUCGCCACCAUUAACAUGACCUGCAAAUUGUUUAUUAUGGAACAACAUUCAGCCUCUUGAUAGGCAAGGUGGGAUGUGUUUGCUGACAUUGUGGGGUGAUUCUGUUUUGCAGAAAAGUCAUAGGCAGCUUGCAGUUUAGACGAGGAAGAUGUUGCAUUUUCUUUUCUUUUUUUUUUUUUAGUCUUUGUAGGUCCAACAGUAGGUAGCAUAUUGUUGGGCCAAGAUAGUCAUGCCAGUGUACUGUGAUGUCUUGAUGUCUUUGUUUGAAACCCUCUACAUGUGUUCCAAUACCACUAUCAGGCGCAAGAAAAGUGGGUUCAUGCUUCUUCAUCUCCUUUGAAGGCACUUAGUACUUACUUCCAUUGUCACAUACAUCUCAGGCUCUAUCUUUCUUGUUGCACUCUGGUAACCUUGGCUUGCAUCCACUGUUUUGGUAAUUUAUCUUUUGCUCAUGUUUUCAGUGCUCCUCUUUAGUAAAACACAGUGUGCUUUUAUAAAAACUGCAAAGCUUGUAAAGGGCUAUCUCAAGGUGUCAGUGUUCAAGAUGGGUGCAUGCUUAGGAUAACAUUAAUAGAAAACUUGUGAGCAUUUCGCCAUAGUUAAGCGAACACAUGAUGAGAUGAGCAGCACUAAUGGAAAUGUGCUUUCAGGCUGAUGGGAAGUUGAACUAGUUGGUGUUUUCAUUUACAAUGUGCUGUUAUUCUUAUGCCAAAGGUUACGUAAAUUAGCUCCUAAUGUUGCAUCAUUGAGGCAGCCUCGUAUAAAUGGUUGUUCAAUCAAACUGCUGCCAUCUUGUUCAUGCUCAGUUUCUCUCAAAAAUAGCAUUCGAUGGUGCAUCCUUAAUACAUUGCUUUGAUGCAGUACUCACCACUUUCAUCCAAAAGUUAGCAUUGUCUGGCAAUGCCAAGCAAGAAAAGCAACACCAACUAUGGUGAAAACAUAAUAUGAAGAGGAGUAUUUCCCCCCUGACAAUAAAUGACACUAGCAUUUCUUCCACUGAGAAAAUCUGUUAUGUUCUUCAUUUGGCAUCACCAAGGACAACUUGUACAUCUUAUCUAUCCUGAAUGAAAUAGGCAAGUACUGCAUUCAAACAUGGUGUUACACAAAAUGACCUGCAGCAUGCUGCCUACGUGCGAAAUCUGAGCGUAAACAAACCUGCAGUUGAGCUGAAAGAGCUGUUUAUACCUGUACUGCAGCAUUCUGUAUAUGUAUGUGUGUGUAGCUUACAUUUGUUAUUACGAGGCCCAGUGUUUGUUCUCUCUUAAUCUCUCAUACUGUAGCCGCAGACCAUUCUUUAUUGAACUUAGCUUUCUGUCUUGCAUGUCAUUCUAUGAGUAGUUGUAUUUCACGCUUGCAUGUGGAGUAUUUGUAUAUUUCUUAUGUUGCUUGCUUUUACAGGCUACGUAAUAUUGUCAGUACAAAAGUUGUUUUAAUGAAGAGUUCUUUUAUGAAAAAUAUUACAUCUCGCACUGUUUCGUGAACUGUGCCGAAUAUAUCUUUGUGUCAAUAUGGGGAUUACAAAAUACCAUCUCACCCCAAUAUCCUUUUCAGCACCUAUCUUCUCUGCCUAUACCUUGUCAACUAGGUAAUAUGAUCAUGGCUGCUAUAUGUCGUCUUACACUUUUCUUGCUGGUAAUUUGUUUGUGAAACAUUGUGUGCAAUAUUUUGUGCUAAACUUAAGGCAGCUUAGUUCUUGGUAUUGGACCACUGUACCUAGAAUAUAAAUUUUUGAAGUAGAGUUAAUGUUAAAAGCUGAUGUAGUAGCAUCAGCAAUCAGUAGCAAUCAGUAGCAUUCAUUUUAUGUCUUAAGUUAGGCACUAAGAAAGUAUAUCAAACACAUCUUUAUGUGGCUGGAAAGCUGGCUUUUAUGGGCUGAAUUGACAUUGUGAAGUGCUACAGUGUGCAGUUGAAAAAUUACUGCAUUCUCUGACAUUGCAUUAACCAUUGCACAUACCGAGCUGGCUUCCUGCUGUUUUAUCCAAUUCUUCAACUUUAUACUGCCCAUCAUGUGCUGCACGACUUGAGACCAUCUUACCAAUACAGCCAUUUUGCUACAGUGCAAAAAAAUCUCGUAAUAGGAAUGGUUCUUUGUCACACAUUGUUGUGAUUUGCUAACACCAUAUAAAUUAUUGCCCCUUUUAGGUACUGAAAGCAUAUCAUGAGAGCAGUUGUCAUCACAUUGAAGAAAUUUAUUGAUGCACAUAUAUCCCAUAGUGCCAGCACCUGACUUAGUCAUUUUGUGUCAACGAGUUUGUGUCAUUUGUGUCAAAUGCAUACAGUUUGUGUCAAACUGUUUGCAUGCAUUGUUUUCCUUUUUGGUAUUUAAGCACAGUGGUUGAGACAUUGGAAUUCUUUCCAGCACAACCAUAACUGUCAUUAGGGGUUGCGCAUUGCCUCUUAACAUGAGGCAUUCGUUUGUAGCAUCUGGCUAUUUGACUUCUAAUUGCAAUAGCAUUUGUUCAUAUUGUCAGGCAAGCGUCAUGUGCUUUGUGAUCUUGUAAGAACAGCAGAAAUUGAGUAGUAACUUAUGCGAGUGUGUAAGCGAGAAAAAGAAAAUUUAGGGCUCUUUUAUAUCUGAACCAAUGUAGGUAACUGCAGAAGCUGCGGCCACUGAGUGCCGUAGGAAUAGUGAAAGUAGUCACAAAUAUGUGUUGCAAGUAUAUGGCAUUGAACUGUAUAUUAGCGCGUGGUUGCUGAUUUGCAUAGUUUGAGCCGCUGACCCGGUCUCAGUAUUCCUUGCUUGUUUGGAAGGUCCUGCUGGAUUGUCAGCCACACGCUUUGUUAAGUGGCGCAACCUAGAGCACUCCUCUUUGUCGUCAGGGCAGUCAUCGCUCCUGACAGAGGCAUGACAGGAGAUCACACAUGUCGCUAAAGCAUAAAGUUAGCCAUGAGAAGCUCAUGCAUGUAAGAUGCAUUAAGGAUCAUGAAAUAUUCAUAAAAACUCUUUGACGUGUCUGAGCAUUGAUGCAUGGGCUAGGGGAGCUUAUAUACUGGCCUAUGCUGGCUGAAGCAACACCAUUCCAAGGCAGUGCAACUGCAUGUUGGCUCAGAAGAUAGCGAUUUCUCUGCUACGGAAUGGUGGUGCUGUCUGUCACCACCCAGCGUGUCUUGGCAUGUUUUUUGCCAUAGUGAUGAUAAAUGGCGCCACGGUUCUAUUGCAGUUACAUUGUGAACUGCAUGUGUGUGACCAUAGGCUAGGCAUUCGCCCCUCGAUAUCGAGAACCAGUCUCAGAAGACUGCCAAAUUAAUGCCACAACUUUGCAGACGAGGUGAGAUUAAGUGUAGCAAAUAUCUACAACACUGUGCAUUGUGUGCAUCUGUUGAGGCACUACAGCUUCUGUGAGGUUGGAUAGGAGUCGAGGCUGUUAAAGGCAACUGGCUAAAUGUUGUUAUCAGUGUGUCUUUGUGCUUUCAGGCAAGCCAUAGACGCUUGGUGCUUUGUGAAGUGAAGGUGCUCUGUGUAGUUAGGGUUUCUGAUAUAACUAGACGGAGAUUGGUUUGCUGGGCAAAGAGAGCUCGGUUAUAAUGACAUCGACGUGAUGUUGAGAAGACCUGCUGCUUGUAUCACAGUAGCAGUUGCGCGAUGAAUCAGAAUAAAUUGUAAUUUUUAUUUUAUUAAUAAGGGACAUUGAGCGCCAGGGUGACAGAGCUGUAAUUGAAGGCAUUGUUCCACAUCUCUCUAACCAACCUAUAGGCAUCGUGCCUGUGCUAUAGUGUAAAAUAGUGUUUGACAAUAGCGAAUUAGCCUUCACAUUUGUUAUUUUGAUACCAGCACUGUGUGACCUUUCAUCUUCUUUUAUUGCUACUGGGGAGCAUUAUAGAAAAUUUAUUCUGUAGAGUUUAGUUUGCUGUCACUGGGAAUUGUGUUUUUCAACAUAACUGCUGUGGGACACUCCAAAGUCUAUAAUAUACAUAAUUCAUAGUAAAAUUUUGGCUUGGUUCUUAGGGUGAUGUCUGAGAGGCAGUAUCUUGAUAUGUGUAUCAGUUUUUCAGGUAUUUUGUGGAUAGUCUUAAAUUGUGCCAUAAGCUUCAACAUAAAGUAGUGCAAUGGGGUGGUUUCAGUGAACAAUCAUUGAGCAGAGUGCACAUAUGGUUGAUAUGGUGCUCACUGCAUUUGCCAUUGGUGAUUAAGAGUUAUUCAGAACAUACGACUGCUAUCGAAUAUUGCAGAAAUGCGUUGCUCUACCAGCAGAAACAGCUUAGCAAAGUAUCUAUAAUGCAUAUGAUUACGGGAAUUUACUACUCCAGCUUAAAUUUUGGUAGACUUCACUUUUGCAUUUUGGUGGGAACAUGUUCUCCAUAUGGCAAAUGCAUUGCACAAGUGCCAAGAGAAUUGAGAUCAGCUGUCCAGUGUUUGCCUACUGUUGCUGUCCAUGUAAUGCACCACGGUGCUUAAAAAAAAAAAAAUAUAGCCAUUUGUGAUGAUUCUUGCUUAUUAGAGCUGGGAGCAUGUUUCAUGUGAUGGAGCAGCUUUUCACAGAUGUGCCUAACUAACACAUUCCACUUCAAAACCUUAAAACCUCAUUCAAGUAGGUUUGUGUAAAAAUGAUUGCUCUGUGAUUGUGGUACAAUCAUUCAGGCAGUUCUGAGUACUCCUAGUUGAAUACCAUGACUGCAAUGAAUAUCUUGUUCUUGCAGGCUACAUUUUGCUGUUGCAUACCCCUGACUAGUAUAAAUUAUUAGUUAACACUCCUGAAACAUUUGCAUUAUGUUAUAUUGCCAAGCUGUAAAAUCAUGUGACAUAACCAAUUAAUUAAACAACAGAUGAUUUCUGUGCAGUUGGCAAGAAAUUGCAACAGAAACAUUUGCACGUUAUGUCAUUGUCAGGCUGUGUUUGCUGAAAGUCGCAAAAACGUGAAAGGGGUUUUGAUUGUGCUUCAUUUUUAUUGAACUUUGCCCCUUACUGGAAGUACAGUGGACUCGCUCUUAGCUGAAAGCUGUCAGUGAGCUGCACACUUUAGAAGAGUUUCCUAUGGAACCAGUGCACUUUUAUUAUUAUAUUACGAACUUCUUUUAUUUCCUGCUGACAAAAAUAAUUUUGUGGUUAAAAGUAGUUGUGUGAUGAGAACAUUCGAAAAGGUUUCCACACCAUCUGGUGCCUCAUGUUGAAAUCAGUGUCCCUUGUUGCAAAAAAAACAAACAAACAAACAAACAAACAAACAAAACAAAAAACAGUGAUCGUCAUUGAGUGAAAAACAAAGUGUUUGCAUUUUCACCUAAGUCCGCUUCAUCUUUUUAGUCUCAAUUAAAAUAUCAGCUGCACUUGUCUGCUGUCAUAAUUUAUAUCGCCAUAUUCGUGUCUCCUCUUAAUGUCAACAUUAAUGGUCACAUAAUGUGUAGAAUUGAUAACGACCGGUCAUUUACAAUAGCAGACAUGGGUGCCUAAGCGACAGAAAUGAGGUCAAACAUGUCUGAGUACUGGGAGAUGUGAAGAGAGUAAGAAAUUUGCAGGCAAAGGUUUUGCUGACAUGAGAUAGGGAUAAUUGUAUAUCUCUGGGAGAGGCUUUCAUUCUGCAGUGGAAAAUUUCAUGUGUUGAUGAUAAUGAUUUUCUUACAACUUUAUCGCUGUGUUCGAACUAGGUUUGGAAAACACUGUUUUUUAACUUUAGGCAGCUUUGCAAACGUGAAACAUUAGCACUUCUGCACGUGAAUUAAGAAUGCACCUGCAUGGGUUUCAUGGAUUGUUAAGCUUCCUUGAAAAUUGCGUGUGUAGGCCACAAUUUCCCAAAUGUGCAAUUGUGACAUGCUGGCACGUUGCUGCACAGCUGCGCAUGAUGUCAGAAUCCAGCUUUCUCUUCCUUGGGUGUCCCACCCCAAGUUAGGAGUUCUGAACUAGUAAGCCAUGAAAUCGCGACUAGCGACUAGAAAAGACUAAGCUGCACUUCUUAAAUUUCAUAGCCAAUGUCCACUGUACUUUGGCUCCUUGCAUAAAUAUAUGCGCUUCAUACUUCUCCACACAUGUGAAAGUCGUCUCUGCCCAGAAAUGUGAGAUUUGUGCACUUCCCCGCCUUCGCUAUGCUUAUACAAGCACAAGUACUUGUAUAGUGGGGAAGUUGGUCGGUGUCAGUUUCGGGCUAAAGUUUAACUUUACUGUACACAAGUAGUUCAUUGGAUUAUCACUGCUUUGCAAGCAUAAAAGCAAGCAGUAAGUUAGACAAAAUGCAAAGCUCUCCUUUUCUUCAUCAUUGGCUAACCAUCACUUGAAGUACUUCUGAGUAAAUCACUGUUUAGCCUGAUGGGCAAUAGUCUGUCAAGCAGCAUUAACAAAGCAUUGUUGCCAUUCUAUUCAAAUGUCGAAAAUUAUUUUCUACCGCAAAAAACAUGAGGGAGAGCUUCUUUAAUACUUUUUUUUUUUUAUUGAAGCUCUGGAAUGUUGAUUAACCUAAGCAGGGACACCAUGCACGUGACUUAUUCAAGAUACCGUCAGUCUGUGUUCAUGCCAUAUGCAGCAGAAUUAGAUAGAGCAUUGGUUGUCUUUUGUAGCGUUAGCACAGAUAACUUUCUGCCAUUUUUGUAAGAGAUAGAUGCCAUUGCAGGGUUUCACUAAAGGUGAUGUUUACCACUGAACCCUUAGCUUCUCUUGAACAUGUACUGUAUAGUGAUUUGAAUUGUUUGCAACAGCAAAUGAUUAAAAAUUAUAAGUGGUGUAAAAUUCUGACGUUCGCACCUAAAAGGAUGAUGGAACUAUAAGUGCUUCGUGUCUGCUGUGACAAAAUAAUAUCAGAAGCGAUUUCUUGUGACUCACCUUGCAAACAGAAGGUAUAACUUCUUUGUUGUUCUCUUUUUUUUAGACAUGAUGAUGCCAUGCUGUUUAUUUGCAUAGCAUAUUUGUAUGUGUGAACGCUGUUUUUAGUUUCUUGCAUCUCACAUGGGUUAUUUAGGGAAAUUGGAGUGUAAGCACUUUGAUGUUAUUCCCUUGUUUUACUUAAUUGGCAAGCAAUGUUGUGGCUUAUUUUCUGCCACCGUUUGCGAGCCACAUUGUUGGGUCAGCCAUUUUAGCAUGUUCAGAAACUGAAUAUCUGCGUUUUGUGUUAUAAUAAAUUUAUUUGUAUGCAAUAUUUGACACUGACCUGUGGAAACAUUUAACCACUUGCUUUGAAGCACACAUAUUUUUAAAUCCUUUUGUCUUUUGUUUCACAUACGUAAGUACGUAUAUGCUCAUGUGUAUAGAUUAAUACGUUAAUGUCUGUAUAUAUUGUAGACGUGUAUGCUGUGUUCAAUAUUUCUCAGAUUUAUUAAUACUAAAUGUGCUAUUAUUUGUGAUCUUGUGUGUCAGCUUAGAAUGACUUGAACAUGUACCUGAGAAAAUUGACUAAGGGGCAGAUAUCUGCUGUAAAUUUUGAAAAGGAAGAUAUAGUGAAGCGAAUCUUGGGCUUCACCAAUUGAAUCCGCAUAAAAGAAAGCUUCAACGCCUUUUAUUUGUCAGCACGAAAAUUGUGACAGGGCUCGACUUGUGUUUAAAUUUGACAUUAUGGUCAUGCACACUCUGACAGUUUCUGCUUCUGCAUAGGAAUUGCGAGGCAAGUAUUUUGUUAGUUUGUCACCAAUUUCCUUUAGAUCGACGAUGAUAGGACUGCAAAGGUGCAUCAUAUUAUGUAUUUGUACGGAUUGACUUGGACAAAAGCCAGAAAAGAUUAUGUGUACUCCUAGCCAACAAAGUUUGUGUUGAACGGCAUUAAGGUGAAUGAUUAUCUCUGAUGUUUAUUUUCACACAUCAAAAGUCCUGUACUCUACCUUCAACAUAUCGCUAGUAUGCCUUGGCAUCAUGUCGCACGUUCGCUCAAACUAUGUACUCAUAAAAGGAAUUCUUUGUCAUGAGAGCUUGCAAAAAUUUUCAGUCGACACAGUGGCAAUGCACACAUUGCUCACUUGCUUGAAAUGGGUAAGAGAAUAUGCUGCCAAGUAGGAAACAACUUUCUUUUUUGCAUUCCAUUGACAUAUUUAGGAAUUGUUGGUGUUUGAAUGCCUAUGCUCAUUCUACUAACUUGCACUGUCAAAGUGCAUGACAAGUAACAUGCUCAGUGUUAGUAUUAUUGCAGUCUCUUACCUCGUGGAUAGCAUAAAGCAACAAGUGAUGUGAAGAUCUCAACAAGGCAUUCCCUAGAUGUGAUGUAUGGUGUUGGUAUUUUUACUGCUUUAAACUCAAUUCCUGUAGAAUGAGAAACACUUGCUGAUGUGUCACUGUUUGUUGCGCUAAGAUGAGUAACCAGGUUUUGAGUCAUGCAUGGCAUCGUGUGCUCAUGUGAUACAACAGAUGUGUGGUUUGAAAACCUUGAACUGCUGACAUAAAGGGGGCGUGCUUUUUUCUCUCAUGAUGCUUGUAGUUGUUACUUUUACUUGCUGUUCAUUUUGUUAGUUUGCUAUGCUUCUCUGGUGAGGGCUCUUUACACUAUUAGCCCUUUUCUUAAGCUAGACAGAAGAUUGGGCUAGUUGUUAUGGACUAGACACAAUGUACAGUAGUGCGGAAAGAAGAAAUGCAUGAAGAUGGUGAGACGCUGUCAAGAGUGCUGUCACUCAAAAGUAUUCUGGUCUGAAGAACAAGCACUUUAAUGAAGAAGAAUAAUAGAUUGCCAACACCACAACCCAAGAAAACAGGAACAUGCACAAGUAAUCAUUAAAGAAAUGGUUAACUCGCUUAUUGAUAGAUGAGAUCUCAUUUACAGGUCAGGAUACAUAAAGUUUGCCUCUUACAUCUUGGCACAUACAUGUUAAUCUUGGCUUAUGUUGUCGAUAAUCUUUCGUGCUCUUUCUAUAUUCAAGUGCUUGUUCUUCAAAAUAAGUAUGGUAAUUUUAAGUGUCAUACUACUGUCUGUCCUUGUGCAUCAUCUGCUGGUGCUACUGCAUCUUGCAUUUAGCCCUCUUGUGUUUUGUGCAUUUGAAAUGCCCAUUCUUUGCUGGUGUGCCUCUCUUACGGAGCUUACAUGAAUGCUAACACUUCCAGGUUUGGCAGUUUUUAAAUGUUCAGAAAAGUGCAUCAAAGCACAUGAACUUUGUUUUUAUUUUGCCAGGCACUAUGGCACGAAAUGGGUUUUGAGUGUGGAAGUGCGAUUUGUAGUGGGCACUGCUGCGCGACGGUGUGAAAGCGAUUCGUGACAUUUCAAGUGCCUGCUGAAUAAGAGCUAUGCCUUCUGUACAAGUAGACAUGCACAUCUCGUAUACAAAAUGUUUACAUGAUUUGGAAUCACUGCUGUGUAAUAUUACUAUUAGUUGGGAUGAGCAGUGCAAAGAAUUCUAUUAUUUUCAGUUGUAACUGUUCAUCAGAUACACUGCUUUGACUUGCACAAGCACUAGCAGUGUGGGAAAUUUCUGCUAUAAUAGAUUCAAUAAUGUUUUAGAGAGCCAUUUAGUUCAGCCUGUGCAGGAAAUUUCUGUUAUCGUGGAUUAAAUAAUGCUUUAGAGAUCCAUUUAGUUCAGGCAUCGCGUGAAACAUUUGUUAGCAGGAAUUCUGCUCAUGAAAUGCUUAUAAUAGUAGUGCUCCUUGGUCUUGCCUGCGCAUUUCAAUAACUUCAUGGUGCUUAAGCUCUCAGUGUUUUUAGGAAGCAGGAAUACUCUAAUGAAUUUUUGUGAAUACUCUCAUUAAGGUCAAACAUAGUAUGAAAAACUACAGAACACAUGUGAGCCUCAGGGUACUUUUGCACUGUUAAAGUCGGUGUAACAAGUUUUAAGACUGCUUCACACCGUGCGACAUUUAACAAUGUCAAUGUAAAUGGUAAUGGGAUCUCGCACUAUUUUUGUACUCUUAGGAAAAAUUACCUUGCACCUUGGACACGUGCUUCAGUGCUUCACAAAUGUGGAACGAAUUUUUUGCUCAUACACUUGUGGGAACAAGGCCACUGAUGUGUAAAGCAUGCCACAAGCACAUGAAACUUGUGGUGCACUUUUCUAUGUCCGUUGGCAUAGACUUUCACAAAUUAGUAGUAAUUUUGUCAGGGAGCUCAAGUUUGUUAUGCUGAGGUCAGAAGCUGUAAGUAGUCUUAGCAUUUUUGAACUAUGGCUUACCUUGCAGACCCAUUGCAGUCAGUGCUAAUCAGUCGCAUGUUUUUGAGAGCAGCUUUACUGUUUCAUGGUGCCAUUAACUGCUUUUAAAUAUGGCACUAAAAUGUGUGGUGCUUGCUGUAAGCUUGAGUACUAGUUUCAUAUUUACAUCUAGCAUAUACAAUUCCAGCGUUGGCCCAUGGUACUGAAGAAACCUUAGAAGUUGCCUUUUAUGAAGAAGACUGAGUCACUUUUAAUGAUGUGAUAAGAUGCUCCGCAAUGGGUUGCUCGAAAUUCGGCACAUUCUCAGUCUGAUCCAGGCAUAUUUCUUAGUUUUGUAUAUCAGCACAGCAUGCUUGUAGCGUGUACAUAGCAUAGAAUUUCUUGCAGUGUGGUCUAAAACAUUUUUCUUAUUGUGCAGUCGUAUUUCUGCAGUGCUGAUUCUCUUUUCCACAUUAACUACGAAUGUAUCACAUUAAUCAUUCCCAUUUCCUCUGGUCAUUUAUUACAUAUGUGAUAUGUAUGUGCUGUAUUCAAGAGUAUAUAAUUCUGCAGUACUGUCACUUGUGUAUUGCCUUUCUAUAAUGUUUGUAUCCUCAUAUGAAUCACUGGAGAAUACAGCACAUUCGCUGAGCAGGCUCUUGAACUAAGAAGUGGGUGGGAUGGAACACCAUUUUGUUAACCCUUUCAGUGCCACCGACGUACCGGUAUGUUCUCCACUCUCUCCAUUCGAAUGUGCACAGUAACACGAAAUUGGCGAGCUUUGAGGUAGUUCUGCCAUCUUUUGUAUAUUUCUAUAAGCAUAUUUUCUCAUCUCUCUGGGUUUGCUCAGUCUAGGUUUUCUUUUAGUGCACUGGCAGAACACACGUUCCGCGGUGUACUUUGUGGGCAUGGUUACACCACGCAGAAGGGUGGCUUGAGGGCUUUGUGCAUCGCUACCACGGCAAUUCUCCAAUCAAAUAUUCGUGCCAUAGUGCAAGGAGCACUCUCGCGUGUUUCUGCCAUCUAGCGUACGUCUAUAGCAGCGUGCUUUAUUUUUUUCUUUUUGACUCUGACAUGGCAGUGGUAUGUGAAGACGCAUGUGCAUCAAAAUGUGGGUAGGAGAUAUGAAAUGAAAAUAGGAAUGUGUGGACCAUACUAAAAGUGCAUUUGCCAUUAUCCGUGUCAAUUUUUUUUCCUUCUGAAAAACCGAAUUAAGUUGUGUUCAUUUUAUAACAUCUGAUAAAAAAAUCUGGCACUGAAAGGGUUAAUUCCCACUUUGGAAAUACUGCAGUUCUUUCAGUUCUUAGGUUACCUGAUUUUAUAAGCAAGGAAUUAUGCUGUGGUAAGGAGAAAGUGGCCGGCAAAAUAUUAUAAAUGAAAGAGACAAGCCUGUACAGACAGCAUAGCCAGUAUUGCUGUCUUGGCCACUUUCUUCUUGACUGAAAUAUUUAACAAUGAACUUAUGGGGUUUUACUACCCAAGGCAACAUACAGAAUACAAAGAGAGGUGCGUAGUGGGGUUCCGGGUCCCCAUAAUUAUGACCACCUGGAAUUCUUUUCACGGUCACCUAAGUCUAAGCACACAAGUGUUUUCGCAUUACAUCCUUAUCAGAAUGGGGUUGCUGUAGCCGGGAAUCGAACCCACAACCUCGAAUUGAGCAGAAGGAAGCCGUAUUCAUUGAGCCACUGCAGCAGGUUUUAAAUUUCUUGCUGCCGUUACACAUUCUGGUUGGGUAAUGUGCAGUGCUGCAUUUUAGAGAGGGCAGAAUGAAAAAAAAAAAAAAAAACAAGAAUUGUCUGUGAAGCGAGAUUUAGCCAGAUUUAGGUGCAUGUAAAAGAACUCCAGGUGAUUUAAUGUAAUCUGGACACUUCCACUGUGGCAUCCUUCAUGGCUCAUAUGUUCCCUGGGACGUAAAACCCCAUAAAUUAUCUUAUUAUUAUUGUCAUCAAAAUGCAUAAGGAGGCUCCUCCUACAAGCGCCUUGCUGCAUACAGCAUGGUGGCCUGCUUCAUUCUUGAUGCAAUGACCAAAUGUUGGUAUCGGAAAAGGUCAGCUGUUAUGUACCGAAGGUAACACAUAUGCCAGUGCUCUGCGGUGUUUGGGUGAUGAGCUGUGCAGCUGUGUUAUGCAGAAUGUCUGUGCAACUUACCAUAUGGUAGGCAGCAGGAUAUGUGGGGAACCUACCUUAAAUUCUUGAAAUGAGUUCUUUUAGUUGCCGAUGGGUUUACACAUGAGGCAUUUCUUCACAAGAAAGCCCAUCUAGACGUAGUCUGGAAUAGGAGGCCUGCCUUGACUUUCUAUUACCAAGUAUGCCUUUCUUCAAUUUUUGGGUUGUCUAUAAGUCACAUUUGGGUGCAUGAAUCCUCAUUGGAACACAAUCUUGGCAUUUUCAUGAGUGAACUUUUUAUUGUACUUGGCUGCUUUGCUGUGUUAGAGCAGGCUUGUGACUCCACCUGGCAAGUUGCCUGCCUUGUGUUUGAACCUAGCAGGCCACCAGCUGCGUAUCUUGACUGCAUAAUGCAUGCCAGUGCUUUGCUUGCAAUAUGAAGGUGCUAGCGAAAGAUGGGGACAACAGUAGGAGAGUGAUAUAAGUUUACUUUUGAGACGGUGAAGUUGCGAAGUUCUGGUGAUGUGUAUGUUUACUGAUGUCUGCUUGGCAUGUGCAAACACCCUUUUGGUAGCUUAACAGCACUGAAUGUGAUCAACUAAAGUGCAUUACAAAAGGCAGGCUUCAAGGUCUGCAUUGUUCCAGUGUCAUGUGACGUGACUGUUUUGCAAUAAUUGUUUACCGUUUUAAGUGUUGUGCUGAAGUGGUGUGUCCUGACCAGCAGUGUUCUGUGUUGUACCCCUGCCUCUGAUUCCUACUGGAGCCUGGUGGUUAACUGCAUACUCAUGCUUUCUGGUCUUAUGAUUGUUUUGUUGCACUGUUUUGCAACUUUUCUCUAAAUACUGGCCACACGUAAGGCAUCUCUACUGCGAUCCCAUGAUUGGGUUGCUUUGUCAAUGUUAUGUAUGUGAACACUGUUGUCCCAGCCUUCCACAGCCGCAUUGGUGUAUGUACAGCCUUCCAAAUUUUUAGCUAUAUCGCGCGCGAACACUAAAUAUAGUCGUAUGUCGUUCUGAAGGGAACAUUGCACUCGAUGACUCUUGCACAACAGGAGAGGGCUUAGUGCACUUGAGAGUACUUCUGCCGGUCUCGCUGAUUAUCACCACUUUAAAGGGCCAAGAUGAUGUGCCAUGGACGCUCGCGCGAUAUAGCUAAAUAUGCGGAAGGCUGUACAUCAUGUAUGCUUUGCUUGAAAUCAUCACAGAUACAGCCAGAAUGUCAUUAACUGUUUAAAAAGUAGUGGAUAUGUCUGAUUCUCUCUUUUUGCUGGCAUGUUAUAAAUGUAACUGUAUGCCUCAAAGAUUUCUGGUGCUAGUCGAAAGAGACAGAUCAUAGUUCGCCUGUUUGAUUCUCCAGUUGGUGUAGUAAGUGGGCAUCGGGCUUAACAUUAUUCGUGCACCUUGGCAUGGUCUUUGAUCUCAAGCAGGUCAGAGUAUGCUGAGCACAUCUGUGCACUUAUUUUUGCGAUGGAUAUAUACUUUUUACAAACUUGUGCGGCUGCCCUUCGUGCACCGUGCAAAUGAUGUAAUGAUGUACAAAUGAUAUACAUGUAAUGAUGUUUGAAUAAACAAUAUUCUAUUGGUGAGUUGUCAUCA